GCUCGCGCGCUCCUCGGAGCAGGCAGGGAGUUGGUACCCACUCCCGGGGAGAGCUUCGUACUUGGGAGGGCGAGAGGCCGCCCUCGCUCCUGCUGUAUUGCCCCGGGGAGGAUGAGCGGGCCCGGGCCUGGGGCGUGGGGCCUUGUGAGCUUUGCAGAUGUGGCCGUGUACUUCUCCCCGGAGGAGUGGGGACGGCUGCGCCCGGCGCAGAGGGCCCUCUACAGGGACGUCAUGCGGGAGACAUACGACCACCUGGGCGCGCUGGGAUUCCCAGGCCCCAAACCUGCCCUUAUCUCCUGGAUGGAACAAGAGACAGAGGCCUGGGGUCCGGCUGCACAGGACCCAGAGGAGUGCGGGCGAGAACUGAGAAUAGCUUGCAGAGGAAACUGGACUGUAAACAAGAAGAACCAGAAAAGAGAAGAGCCCCAAGCCAGGGACCCUUUGAACAUGCAUGUGAGAGGCCAACUAUUUGAACCUGGCAUCAAACUAGCAGAUUCAACUCGCAAUGGAUCCUUGGAACCACCAUCCAAGACUGACUUGAGCAAGACUUUGCCUCAGCCCUCUAUCCCCAAACCCACCUUGGACACUCAGGCUGGCCAGCGGCGCCAUGCCUGUCCUGAUUGUGGACGCCGCUUCACCUAUCCCUCUCUGCUCGUCAGUCAUAGGAGAAUGCACUCUGGGGAACGGCCCUUUCCAUGCCCGGAGUGUGGAAUGCGCUUCAAGCGGAAGUUUGCUGUUGAAGCCCAUGAAUGGAUCCAUCGGUCUUCUUCUGGGGGACGGAGAGGUCGUCGGCCUGGGAUACGGGCUGUGCCACUUGCCCCUGUUCGGGGUGACCGUGACCCUCCUGUGCUAUUCCGGCACUACCCAGACAUCUUUGAGGAGUGUGGAUGAUCUACUUCACUGGGGAUGGGGGAGAAGUGAUUGGAGAGGAGCUGAAGGUCUAAUCAUGGUCAAAGUACUAGAGCCUUCACAAACUCAUUUGAAUAGAUGAGGCUGAAACUAUUGCAACUGUCCUUCCAACAGAAGACUGAUAAAGGGAGCAGAGACUGUUGGGAAGAUUAAUCUGGAGAUAGUAUGCUGGAAUCACACUGGAAGGGGAUGUCAGAUCCUACCAAGGAGGCUGAAAAAUGAUUUUGCAAUCAACACACUACUGGUGACCUUGAAGAAGGAGCAGUUUCAUUGAGUGGUAGGUAUAGGAAAUAAUAUUUCUGGAAGUUAAGCAUAGGUUGUAAGCAUAGAGGUGAAAUAUGAAGUGCUCAAGUGAGAAUUUUGGCAGCGAAAAAAGGGAAAUAAGAGGGUCCACCAAUGUAACAUUUUUCCCUAUAAUAAAGUGACAUUUACAUAGUA